UGCGGCAUGGCGCGGAUCUUGAGCGGCUUGUCAGCUGUUGGCUGUGGCAAUUGUGUACCAUUGUGUAUGGUAGACGUCAAGGUGCUUAGCUUUGCCAAAAAUGAUUGGGCAAUGAAAAAUUCGAAUAUCUUGACAGUAGUGCAGUAAGAGUUAACGUCAUCUAAGCUUUCGGGUGAAUAAAAAAUGCUGAGAUGAAAUCAAAACAACCUCUCCAACUUACACUAGCAAUACUAAAGCCGCAUGUAGUUAAAUCACCGUUUGUUCUUCAGAAAAUUCGUGACUUGAUAAUUGAUGAGGGUUUCAAAGUUGUCAGAUCUCGUAGAACGAUAAUAACACCAAUGGAGGCAGAAUCGUUUUAUGCAGAUCACAAGGAGAAAUUUUUCUAUAACAGAUUGAUGACCUUUAUGUGCAGCGGUCCUUCAGACAUCCAUAUUCUGACAGCUCAUGAUGCGAUAGCUAAGUGGAGAACAUUGAUGGGUCCAACAAAAGUUUAUCAAGCCCAAUUUCAUGCACCUCAUACUAUCAGAGGGAUGUAUGGACUCUCAGAUACAAGAAAUGCAACUCAUGGAUCAGUGUCCUCAUGUUUCAGACUCCCCAGAAUCAUCAAAACGAGAAAUAGCCAUAUUUUUCAAAGAAUUCAACAUAGAACACUGGUUCAAAAAUGAAGAGAUUUUUUACAAUUCAGGAAAUUUAAAAUUUGAUCCAUCUUUAUUCAUUCAUACCAUUGACAGAACUAAGAAAAUAAACGAGAGUGACCAAGAUACAACAAUGAUUUGAAGUUUAAAAUUAGCAGACAAACGCCUUAAACUUUUGUCAAAAGAGAUAAUAGAGGCCCGUUUCAUAAUCCAUAGUUCUAUAGAAGUAUCAGGGGUUCGAUGUAUUUGAAAAAAAUUUCAUUGUUGAGCUUCAUUAUCUUAUUUCUGUAGAAAGUAUCAUGUUUGUCUGGUUGUUUCAGCUUUCUGUUCAACCAUGAAUGCACAAUUCACCAGUGAUAUAUUUACCAUGAUGUAUUGUAUAUAAGAAUCAAGCAUACCUUCUAAUAGUUGAUUAUGUAGAUUAUAAAUAAAGGUAAAGCUGCAAUGAAGUAGGUUGUGAA